UGGCCGUUAGUUACCAGUCUUUGGUGAAAGGUUAAUUUUGUGCAUACAUGAAAUAAUAAUUUUAUCAUUUGUGAAAUUUUUUCGUGAGUAUUUCAUGUGAUUGUGUCAAGUUUUUAAAGACUAUGCUAUUAUAUUUAAGUUUAUUGCAUUGAUAGCGUGCUGGUUAGUUCUACGAAGAAUUAACAGGUAAAUUUGUAGAAGCAAAUUGUGGCAAGUCGCCAUCUUGUUCAAGGUUCUAUUUUUGGAACAAGUACUACUACUACAUUAAAUUAAAAAAAGGUCCUACAAGCUAUGCAUCAUGACUGAAAAUACUUCUAAACAACCCCCGAUACAAACUAUGAGUGGCAUGCCACCGGAUCCCAACUCAUGGAUGUACGGUGUCUAUCAGCAAUACAGUGGGUAUCAAGGUGGCAUGUUCCCGCAGUUUUAUAAUCAUCAGUACUAUAACCAAAUGGGUAAUAAUGGUGUUUUUCGUAAUGACAAUCAACAAUAUCACCAAAAUCAACAAAAUAACGACGUGAGGGCCAAUUACGGCCAUCCUCAGUUUUCCAAACCUCCUCCACCUUUGUUAGGAAUGUCUCCGUUUGAUAUGAGUCGUUCGUUUCAUAACCAGUCCCCCAUUAGGUUUAAUCUUACUGGUAAUAGAAAGUCUGCUCCCCUUCCUCCAAAUGAAAACCCUCUUGUGGCUAAUAACAAUAAUAAUGCUAAGAAAAAACGAAAGAAGGGAAAUAAGGCAAAUAACGAGGCAGGGACUUUUAUGAUGCCUCCGUUGCCUGACCAUCCGCCGCCACUGCCCCCUUGUCCUCCACCAGAUCUUCCCAAACCACCACCUCCUCCGCCACUAGACGUUCCCUUACCUCCCCCAAUAGCAACAGAAGACAUUCCUGAGCCACUGGAGGAGCCCAAGUGUGAAAAUUAUAAUGAAAAAGAAUUGGAGAAUGUUGUUCCAAAUGACAACUCUUCAAACUUUUUAAAAUCCUCAUCAAUACAAACAUCAGCAGGAACUUGGCCUGAAAGUUUGGAAAGGUAUAUAAAAAGAUGUUAUGAGAAAUGCAAAACAGGUAUAGAUCGCGACCAAAUUGAUAUAUGUUUAAAGGGCCGUAUUACAGCUGCUGCUAACAAAGAUGAAAUUUGGACGAGAAAUUGGGAUGAUGAGCCUAUACCUAGUGUACAUAGUGAAAGAAAUAGUUUAUCAGUAAAGCCUGUUCGGGGUACACUGUCUUUGUACCAAAAGUGUGAAGCUGUUUCAGAGUUACAUAAGAACAAGCCUUUGGCUGGCAGGAAUUUCAAUACCCAUAAAAAUUCUCCUCAAAGGCGAAGAAAAGCACAUUCCAGGAGUCGCUCUAAAUCUAAAAGUCCACCAAGAAAGAGGCACAGCACAUCAUCAGCAUCUAGUGAUGAGAUUGAAGAGAAAAAGAGUUUUAAGAAUAAAACACGCCAGAAGGUUAAAGAUAGAUUGUCUCUAGAUCAGAAAAAACCAGAAAAAUUUCAGAAAAAUAACAAAAAGAAAGCAUAUAACCAAUUUAAUGUUGAAGAUUUGCAAGGUAAUGCAGAGAAAUUACAGAAGAGAGCGCAAAGAUUUGGUAAUGGAAAUAUUCCCACCAUAGCAAGUUCAGUACAAGCAAACCGUCCUGGUGAAGUAAACAAGAGGCUGGAACCCUGUCUUAAAAAGCCAAUAAUACAAGAUACAGAAGGUGAUUAUGAACUUAACAAUAUGCAUAUAGUUGGGACGUGCACAGACAUUGAGAAGUCCUUUUUAAGAUUGACAAAAGCUCCUGAAGCAUGUGAGGUUCGCCCUGUAAUAGUGCUAAAGAACUCUAUUAAAAAUGUAAAAGAGCGAUGGAUACACCGGCAGGAUUACAGAUAUGCAUGUGAUCAACUAAAAUCAAUUAGGCAAGAUCUAACGGUGCAAGGAAUAAGAGAUAGUUUUACAGUGGAAGUAUAUGAAACACAUGCUAGAAUAGCAUUAGAGAAAGGUGAUCAUGAAGAAUUUAACCAAUGUCAAACACAACUUAAAAUGCUUUACACAGAACUUCCAGAUUGCAGGGCUAAUGAAGCAGAGUUUAAGGCAUAUAGGAUUCUCUACUAUAUAUUUACAAAUAAUACUUUGGAUCUUACUACAAUUUUCCAAUUUCUGUCAAAAGAGGAUAGAGAAAAUGAAUGUAUCAAACAUGCAUUAAAUACAAGAUGUGCGUGGGCUACAGGAAAUUUGCAUAAAUUUUUCAUGUUGUAUAAGACAGCUCCAAUGAUGGCAGGAUACCUUAUAGAUUGGAUUGUGGACAGGGAGCGGAAAAAUUACCUGAAAUACAUCAUAAAGUCCUACAGGCAGAGUGUUCCUGUGGACUUCAUCGUACGUGAGCUGGCAUUUGAAUCAACUUCUAAAGCUUUUGAGUUCUUGAAUCAGUUUCCUCUGUCAUAUACUGGCAAUGAUCAAAGUAAUAUUGAUUGCAAGGCCAGCCUCCAUGUAAUCAAUCAAAACAUCUAACAUACCACUUAUGCAUUUGUGCAAAGUCGUCCUGUUAAAGUAAAAUAUAUUUUGUGUGUGGUAAUGUAAAGGCGCAGUGACAGGGUCAGCAGCUUUGGCAGAGCUUCAGCAGAGCUUCAGCAGUUGUUACAAAGGCCAACAUCAUUAUUCACCUUCGUUGUAAUAGGCACAGGCGGCGUCACAAUAUUUCAUAAUAUAUUUGAGCACCUGAAAAAUUUGGAAUGAGUGGCAGUUUUAGUGAGAAUAUUGAUUUUAUGAAGAACUGCUUUACAUAUGCGUGGGAGCUGCUACAAAGCAAUUGGAGGUUUUAGUGUAUAGACAUUUCAGCAGUGCUAAAGACUUACAGAAAAAGUAAAAUAGUGUUAAUUAGUAAGAGAACUUUUAAAUCAUCAUUGAUGUUGUGUAAAUAUUGGAGUUUUAUAAAUAUAUUGUUCAAAUAGUGUAAUUAAUAAUAGAACUUGUACAUAAAUGUGAUACGCUUUUAAGUCAAUAUAUGAUUUUUAUAACA